AUGCCCCAACACAGCUUCCUAGCCCCUCCUCAACCUCCCGCAUCCGAGGUAGUUCGAUACCAAGAUCACAUAGGCUCGCCCUCCCGCUCGGAAAAGACAAUCCAACGAAUCCUCUCCCAAUCGACCCGCAUCCACAUCCUGCACGACAAACUCGAUCGCCAGCUCGCAAAGGAAUUAGAGUUACGAGCACAAAAGUUGGGGGCGCAAGUGACGAGUUCUCCCGAUGCAGCAAAUGUUGUGAUUACUGUGCUGAAGGCGCCGAAGAGGGUUGCUAAGCAUUUCCGUGAUGCAGAUUUGAACGUGUUUCCAGCGAAAAGAGAGCGGGUUGCGGAGGAGGGGGAAGGGGGCCAGUUAGAGAGGAAGUUGGGUGACGGUGUGGGCAGAGAUUGGAGACGAUUUGUCGUUACUCCAGAUUGGUUAGAGCAAGUGGAGAGAGAGGGUGGUUUGGUCGAUCCUGAUCUGUUUCAUGCUGUCAUCCUCAGACCGCAGACAAGCUGCACCACUAGCAAUGUCGGCGACAGCACAACCCGCAACGACACCAAUCUAGUGGGCGGAAAACGCAAACGUAGCCCCUCUGACUCGCCUCUCCUCCCAACCUCACAUGGCACAAAACAACCUCGACCCUCGCUAAGCCACCCUUCCUCCUCCUCCUCCUCCUCCUCCUCCUCCUCCUCCUCCUCCGGCUCUCCCUUCCCAACCCCUACGAAGGAAGAGAUUCCAGCAGGAUACUACGACCCGAUCCUACCCGCUUUCCCCUGCCCACCAUGGCAAAACACGCGAUUCGCAUGUCGACGGCCAUCCCCGCUCUUCUCCCCGAACCAGCCGCUUAUUGCCGAACUCGAGCAGAUUCGUACGGAACGACGUCUAACGGGCGAUACAUAUAGCGAAAUGGCCUAUAUGCGAGCCAUAUCCGCACUCAAAGCCUACCCGUUCCGCAUACCAGAUCCUUUACUUGAUCCGGCUGGUAUCUAUGACCGGCAGCUGUUGGAGAUGCGAUUGGGUGAGGUAGAAAAGCUUAAGGGGGUGGGGAAGAAGGUUUUUAGUCUUAUCAAACAGUUUUAUUCUUUACCUGCCGGGUUAGGGGAAGAAGAGAAGAGAAACAGGGUUGAGGAGGGUAGGAUAAUAGAAGCGAAAGUGAUCAAAAGAGACAGGGCGGUGUAUGUGAUGAAUAGCUUCACCGAACUCUACGGUAUCGGACCGAUCGGUGCUAGAGAAGCGUAUAAUUCCGGGGCGAGAUCGUUUGCGGAUGUGCUUGAUAGAGGCAAGUCUCUGGCUACCCAUCUGUCGGCACGAGAGAGUGUACGUAUUCUUUCGGAUCUUCGCAAACCCAUCGGUCGGGAAGAAUGUCGAUCGAUCACCGCACACAUCAUGGACCUGGUCCGGAGCGUACUGGGCGAUGGUGUACAAGUCAAACACGAAAUCUGCGGAGGAUACCGUCGAGGUAAAACGCAAACCUACGACCUCGACAUCAUCAUCGGCCACGCACAACCUCGCUCGCGCGCUCUCCACCUGCGCCUACUGAAUGAAAUGAAAGGAAAAGGCCUACUGACACACAUGGUAAACAUCUCAACCCCGGCUGCCACCCUAGACUCGGACCUGCACCCCGCUGGUGCAAAAGAAGCAGUUCAUAUCGACAUUGCCAACAUAGUCGUUCUUCCGCCUCUCUCCGGGACCAACCCUAACCCGGUACACAGGAGGGUAGAUCUGGUGUUCUGCCCAUUGAAAGUCUAUGGCGCAACCAUACUGGGUUGGACGGGCAGUGUGACUUUUGAAAGGGAUCUCAGGCUGUGGGCCAAACAAAAAGGGUAUAGUUUUAACUUCGAUGGCUUGACCCAUCUGGGUGUCGCCGAAGAGGCGGGGUUGGUGGAGACGCAAGAUGAAAGCGAGGUGUUUGAUGCGCUAGGCUUACAAUGGAUGCCGCCGGAGUGGAGGAAUUGCGAUGCUUAA